CAUUAAACGCCGCCAGCUCGGCCUACCUGGCUACUAUCUUUUGACCGAGGAGUAUCGCCGCAAUACCUCUGAAAUUCGGCCCUAUCCGUUACUUACUGGGCACCUGGUCAAAUGUCCAAAAGGGGAAUAGAGCUAUGGUGUGAUGUUAUUGGAAGACUUUAGAUAUAAGAGUCGAUCAAGAUGGACGUCUUCCAGAACACCAACCUGGGACUCAUCUCAAGCAACAGCAGCUCGCUCAUUCAACCCAUUAUGCAGGGCUUCACUUCUCUGUUUCUCUUUGGCGGCUUUGCCUUCCAGACCAUCCUUGGUCUACCCGGCGUACGACGAGACGGUGCAAUUGUUAAGAGAGCGGUUGAUGAUUUCAUAUCCACCGAGGAACCGAUUGCACUUGCGCAGCUUCUCGCCAAUAUCGGCUCGAGUGGCGCCAAUGCUCCGGGAGUGAGCUCAGGCAUUGUUGUAGCCUCUCCAUCUACGGACAACCCUGAUUAUUUCUAUACAUGGACAAGAGACGCCGCCCUUGUUUUCAGGGCCAUAGUUGACCGAUUCGCCAAUAGCUACGAUGCUGAUCUACAGACCGAAAUUCAGAACUACAUUAUCGCUCAAGCUAAAUUGCAGACCGUGUCUAACCCCUCAGGCUCUCUAUCUGACGGAACUGGCUUGGCAGAGCCCAAAUUCAACGUCGAUGCCAGUGCUUUCACUGGCAGCUGGGGCCGACCCCAACGAGACGGACCGGCUCUUCGAGCUAUCGCGUUGAGUGGAUACGCCGAAUGGUUACUCGCAAAUGGAUACAACUCAACGGCUAACGACGUCGUUUGGCCCAUUAUCCGAAACGAUCUCGCCUACGUUACUCAAUACUGGAACCAGACCGGGUUUGAUCUAUGGGAGGAAGUCAGCGGAAGUUCUUUCUUCACCAUCGCCGCCUCGCACAGAUCUCUGGUUGAAGGAAGCGCCUUGGCUAAGUCUCUCGGUGCGAGCACUACUGAUUACGAUGCUGUUGCGCCUCAGAUUCUUUGCUUCCUCCAAUCUUUCUGGUCGUCAUCAAGCGGUUACGCGCUCGCCAACAUUAACGUCAACAAUGGCAGGUCGGCUAAAGACGCUAACGUACUUCUGAGCUCAAUUCACAACUUUGACCCAGCACUGAGCUGUGACGCUGCAACUUUCCAGCCUUGCAGUGACCGAGCCCUAUCCAGUCACAAAGUCGUUGUAGAUUCGUUCAGGGAUAUUUACACCAUCAACUCAGGAAUCGCUGCUGGUUCUGCUGUUGCUGUUGGACGAUAUCCUGAAGAUACCUACUACAAUGGCAACCCGUGGUAUCUUAACACACUCGCAGCAGCAGAACUACUUUACGAUGCCCUCUACGUGUGGCAAACAGAAGGCUCCAUCACAGUAACCGCGACUUCGUUGCCGUUCUUCCAGGAUUUUUCCUCGGGAGUCGCGGCUGGUACUUACAAGUCUGAUUCAGAUACUUACACAACCCUGUAUAACGCCGUAUACGGCUAUGCUGAUGGUUUCGUGGACAUUGUUUCCAAAUACGUCGCAUCCAACGGAUCCUUGGCUGAGCAAUACAGCCGUGAUGACGGCACACCAUUAUCUGCUAGGGACCUUACUUGGUCGUAUGCUUCUUUCUUGACAGCCGCUGCAAGGCGCGCUGGGGUGGUUCCAGCUGGUUGGGCUGGAGCAGGGUCAACUGCAACUGUAGUUCCUAGUGCUUGUGCAGCAACAUCGGUAGCCGGGUCUUACUCGGCAGCGACUGCUACAGCUUUCCCAGCAAGCCAAACCCCAGUCACCAGUAGUGCGCCGACUAGUACGUUUACUCGACCUACAAUCACCGUGACAAGUCCAGGCUCAUCAUCUACCAGCAACUGCGCCACUGCAACGUCUGUAGCGGUAACUUUCAAUGAACUCAAGACCACAACUUACGGUCAAACCGUCAAGGUUGUCGGUAACGUCGCUGCCUUAGGCAAUUGGGAUACGAGUAAGGCGGUAGCGCUCAGCGCUUCGUCUUAUACCUCGAAUAACCCUCUCUGGAAAGCCACGAUUACUCUACCGGCUGGCCAAGCCAUCCAGUACAAGUACAUCGUGGUAAAUACAGACGGCUCGAUAACUUGGGAAUCAGACCCGAAUCGUUCAUACUCAGUUCCAAAGUCUUGCUCGACUACGUCGACGAAGACGGAUACUUGGCGAUGAACAUAAUCAAAAAACAAAUUUAUUAAUAAGACCUUCUAGGAUUAAUAUUUAGAGGCUUCGAGGCCGAGAUUGAAAAAUAUGGUACUAAUUUGUUAGACUAGAUAUGUACGAGAUAU